AUGAUGCAGGCUGUGGCCAUGUGUGUUGGACUGUUGCUUUUCAGUGUGACCUGGGCAUCACCAGUAAAAUUUCAACCACAGACUGUGAAAACUAGGCAAGGCUAUGCAGAAGAACAGAGGGCAAACAGAAUGACACGAGAGGACAAGGACAGCACUAACAACAAAGGCGGCACCAAUGAGAACUUAACAGCAUCUGUGUAUCCUGAGCCCUCAGGGGACAAAGGAGCAGAGAAUCUAGAGGAUAUCCUCCGUAACCUACCUGAUCAGGAGAGGCAUGAUGCCAUUCUCGCCAGAAGUAUUAUGCAGCCUAUAAAGAGACCGGUGACUGGGAUUGAACGAUCAGGGGAUGAAAACAAAGAGAAGAAACCUAAGACUGUUCCAAGCAUGAUUCCAGCAGAUGUUAGAGAUGCUAAAGACCACUUAAAACACACAGGGAAUCAAGAGAGGCAUCUACCAUCCCAGAACAGCCCAGCAAAAAGCAAAGGUACCCAUCAGAUCCGACGAAGCACUCACUACCUAACGCAUCUCCCCCAAAUCAGAAAGAUUCCUAGUGACUUUGAAGGCAGUGGUUCCCCAGACACUCAGGUGAGGGGGGAUAACAAUGUUCCUCCUUUCAGUGGGGACGGGCAACAUUUCAAGUAUCUUCCUGGCAAAGGAGGUGCUGUUAGGCCUGGUCUAGAAGGCUCAGCUAGUCAUAUGGGCCUCUCCGGCUCUGACAAAGCUGAGAUUGUUAACCCCCACACGAGUGGACUGGGUUCUAAUGAGAUCCCCGAGAGAGAAAGACAUGGCGGCGAUGCUGUUGCAACCAGAGACAAAACCGCACAACGGGCAGGUGCCGUGGGUGUGAGUCUUGUGGAGGGCAGCAAUGACAUCACAGGCAGUACUAAUUUUAGGGAACUCCCUGGAAAGGAAGGAAACAGAAUUGAUGCUGGCAGCCAAAAUGCCCAUCAAGGGAAAGUAGAAUUUCAUUAUCCACAAGUGCCCUCCAGAGAAAAGCUAAAAGGGGGCAGCAGUGAUAAUUCGGGGAGCGCCAGUUACAAUGAGAUUCCUAAGCGCAGCAAAGGUAGUCCUAGGACAGACACAGAAGAAUCCUAUAGGAACCAAGUGACCCUGACUGAAAAACGAAGAUUCCCAGAUAAAGGCAAAAGCCAGGGCCUGGUUCUUCCUUCUCACAGUCUAGGUAAUGAGGCUAAAAGCAAAGGAGAUUCCAGUCAUGAGGGGAGUGUAAUGACAAACAGCAGAAGACACCAUUAUGUACUCCAUGGACAAAGUAAUUCUACAAGGAAUAAAGGGGGGAUGUCACAAUGGAUAGGAGGUGCCUGGCCUUCUCGAAGGUCCCAUGCCUACAGACGCUUCAGCACCCACAACAGAAGAGACAGCAGUGAGUCGUCCAGUGGCAGCUCAAGUGAGAGUGACGGUGGUGACUAG